AUGGGGAUGCGUGCUGCCGCCAUCGCUGCCCAUGACUCGCACGGGACGCAGCAAGUUGAUCUGGCUCAUGAUCACGUCCAUAGCAAUUCGGCGUCCCUGCUCGGCUGGUGGCCUGUGCUCGAUCCGGAGACCGGCAAGAUCAAGGUGGUGCGGCGGGCACGGCGACGGCGCCGCAAGCGCAAGCACAAGCCGUCGGGCGUCGAGGCGGAGGGUGCGGGUGCGAGUAAGGCUCGCGCGUCUGGCGGUGAAAGACAGGCGGGCGAGGACCGUGGUGUCGAGGCCGUCGAGGCCAGUUGCAGUCAUGCCAGCCACGUCGAGGUGCCGUGCCCGUGGGGUCUUCCGCUGGAGCUGUUCGUUACGCUCACGCGCGCGCUGGACUCGGGCCGGAGCGUGGUUCUGCUCGGCAAUCUGUCGCGGGAGUGGGCGCGAUUCUUCGAUGCAUCGCAUGCUUCGCUGUGGCGGGCGCUGUGCAAGGCGUGGGCGGUUGACGGGUUCACCAAGCGGGCGUUUGUGCGGAGCGCGGUGGCGUUCCCGGGCCUGCAGCUGCUGGUCAUUGGCGAGGCGCAAGCCGGCAAGACCUCGCUCCGACAUGUGCUUGUGGACGAUGCCGACGAGCCGAUGCCGACGCGUGGCGUGUCUGCGCGGCUCGUGCCGUUUCCCUUUUCGCGCUUUGUCCUCCACAAGUCGCGGUGGCCAUCACUGAUGGCUGCCGACAAGCCGCUUCCGCUCGCACUGUGCGAGGUUGGCGGUUCGCGCAUGGCCAUCAAGUCGUGGCCGGCGCACUACGUUGACUCGCACGCCAUUGUCUACGUGCUCUCGUCGCUCACGCUCGACGGGGCAAGCAUGGACGAGGUCCACCGGACCCUCGACGGUAUUCUCUCGUCGCCGCUCAACACCGGCAAGCCGCUGCUGAUCCUCAUCAACAAGCAGGACCAGCGCGAGGUGUCUGCUGGCGACUUUGUCCGCGGCGCUCGCAUCUCGUCACUUGUUGCCAAGCACAACGUCGCCAUCCUCAUCGAGCAGUGCACCGCCCGGCCGUCGGCCGACGCCACCCUCGGCGUCCCGCUCGCCUCACAGGCUGCGCGCUACUGGGACCGCCGCAUCCACAUUGCCUUUGCGUCGCUCCUUUCACUGGUCCUUGACGUCUUUCCGCACCUCCAGCUCAAGACCGAGCGCGAUGCCGCCGCCGCCGCCGCUGCCGCCGCCGCCGCUGCCGCCGCCCGCAAGGCUCGACAGGAGGAGAUGCGCAAGAAGUAUCGCGAUCCGUAG